CGUUAUCUUUUACAUAUCCACAACAUUAUGAUGAUUAUUUCACCGGCUAAUCUCCAAAUUCUUCCUUUUUCAGAUCCUCCAUACAAGUUUCUCCAAACCCACCCGUCACUUACACUUCUCUCCACAUGCAAGAACCUCAAAACUCUCAAACAAAUCCACUCUCAAGUCAUCAAAACAGGCCUCCACAAUACCCACUUUGCACUUAGUAAACUCAUUGAAUUCUGUGUCAUUUCACCAUAUGGGGAUCUCUCUUAUGCUCUCUUGCUAUUCAAAUCCAUUGGAAAGCCCAAUCAAAUAAUCUGGAAUAACAUUAUCAGGGGUCUUUCUUUAAGUGAAUCCCCAAUUUUAGCUAUACAAUACUAUGUUGACAUGAUUUCGUCUGGUUUUACUCCAAAUACUUAUACUUAUCCUUUUGUUUUGAAGUCUUGUGCGAGGAUUUCAAGUACCCAUGAAGGUAAACAGAUCCAUGGACAGAUUUUGAAGCUUGGAUUUGACAAUGAUGCUUUUGUACAUACUUCUUUGAUCACUAUGUAUGUUCAAAAUGGUGAAUUGGGUAACGCAAGAUUAGUGUUUGAGAGAAGUUCUAUGAGAGAUGUGGUUUCUUAUACGGCUUUAAUUACUGGGUAUGCUUCGAGGGGUUUUCUUGACCAGGCUUUAGAGCUUUUUGAUGAAAUUCCUGUUAGAGAUGUUGUUUCUUGGAACGCUAUGAUUGCCGGGUAUACUCAAAGCGGUCGGUUUGAAGAGGCUUUAAUUUUCUUUGAAGAGAUGCUUAGAGCAAAUGUUACACCAAAUAUGAGUACAUUGCUUAGUGUUCUAUCAGCUUGUGCUCAAUCAGGAUCACUCAAGAUGGGCAAUUGGGUUAGUUCUUGGAUUGAGGAGCACGGACUUGAAUCGAAUAUCAAGGUCAUGAAUGCACUUAUUGAUAUGUAUGCUAAGUGUGGAGACUUGGAAAAUGCUCUGCAUUUGUUUGAGGGUAUAAAAAAUAAGAAUGUGAUUUCCUGGAAUGUUAUGAUUGGUGGAUAUACUCAUUUGAGCUGCUAUAAAGAAGCCUUGGGACUAUUUAGGCAAAUGCUGCAAUCAAAUGUAGAGCCUAAUGAUGUGACCUUGUUAAGCAUUCUUCCGGCUUGUGCAAACCUUGGUGCUCUUGGGCUUGGCAAAUGGAUUCAUGCUUAUAUAGACAAGAACAUGAAGAAUUUGGCGAAUAAUGCUCUUUGGACAAGCCUCAUUGACAUGUAUGCAAAAUGUGGUAAUAUAGAGGUGGCUAAUCAAAUUUUUGAUGGCAUGAAUCCUAAAAGCUUGGCUUCUUGGAACGCAAUGAUUUCUGGUUUUGCCAUGCAUGGGCAAGCAGACUUGGCUAUUAGUCUUUUCUCGAGAAUGACUAAAGAAGGGUUAGUGCCAGAUAAUAUCACCUUCAUUGGUGUAUUAUCUGCAUGCAACCAUGCUGGUUUGCUAGAUCUUGGGCGUCAGUAUUUCAGUUCAAUGAUCCAAGAUUACAAUAUUUCCCCAAAAUUACAUCACUAUGGAUGCCUGAUAAAUCUUUUAGGCCGUGCUGGAUUGUUUGAUGAAGCAGAGUCUGUGAUGGAGAGCAUGGAAAUGAAACCAGAUGGGGCCAUCUGGGGUUCUCUGCUUGGAGCUUGUAGAGUUCAUCGACGCGUUGAGUUAGCUGAGUUUGUUGCCAAGCAUCUUUUUGAACUGGAGCCUGAUAACCCGGGGGCUUAUGUACUCUUAUCGAACAUAUAUGCAGGAGCUGGUAGAUGGGAGGACGUAGCGAAAAUAAGAACAAUACUAAAUGAUAAGGGAAUGAAGAAGGUUCCUGGUUGCAGCUCUAUUGAAGUGGAUAGUAUAGUUCAUGAGUUCGUAGUUGGUGACAAGGUACAUCCUCAGAGCAAAGAAAUUUACAAGAUGCUGGAUGAAAUAGAUAUCCUUUUGCAGAAGGCUGGAUUUGUACCAGAUACAUCUGAGGUGUUGUAUGAUAUGGAUGAGGACUGGAAAGAAGGGGCAUUGAGUCAUCACAGUGAGAAGUUGGCUAUUGCUUUUGGUUUGCUCAGUACAAAGCCAGGAACAACCAUAAGAAUAGUCAAGAAUCUUCGAGUCUGCGGAAACUGUCAUUCUGCCACUAAGCUAAUGUCCAAGAUAUUCAAUAGAGAAAUCAUAGCUAGGGAUAGAAAUCGUUUCCAUCAUUUUAAAGAUGGUUCAUGCUCUUGUAAAGACUAUUGGUAAAAUCCUUUUGUUA